CCCGACCUUCCUUGUCUACGACUCAGUUUGGGGAGGACACAUAUAAGGGCCCACAGCUCACCUGGAGGGGACCUCCUUUAGGACGCCUUUCUGCCUCCUCAUGGCACUACCUGGAUCCUCUCAUACCCAGGCCUGGAGCCUGGAGCCUCCCGCUCCCCUAGCAGCCACGGGACUCCAGGAGCCGGAGGGCGCUGGCAGCCCCGGCGCCCCGGUCUCUGCUGGGCCUCCCCAGGAAAAGGUGAAGCGGCCCAUGAACGCCUUCAUGGUGUGGAGCUCCGCUCAGCGCCGCCAGAUGGCGCAGCAGAACCCCAAGAUGCACAACUCGGAGAUCUCCAAGCACCUGGGCGCGCAGUGGAAGCUGCUGGGCGAGGACGAGAAGCGGCCCUUCGUGGAGGAGGCCAAGCGGCUCCGCGCCCGGCACCUGCGCGACUACCCCGACUACAAGUACCGACCUCGGCGCAAGACCAAGAACACGGGCGCUGGGUCAGCGAACGCCAGCCAAGGAAACGGCGGCCAGCCCUGGGAACCAAGUUUUGUGACCACCCCAGUGAACAGGGGUUUUGGGUACCAGCCCCCCAACUACUCAGCCUACCUGCCGAGCCACUACAGCUCCUCCCACUACAAAGCCAAGGCGCCCCUGCCCUGCUCCGUCCCUCAGAGUGACCCAAGGCUCCAGCCGGCCGAACUGCUGCCCUCCUACAACCCCUACCCAUCCCCUGGCACCCAUGCUCCCUACAGCUCCCCGCAGCCCGGCGCUCCCCUGCCCCUCACCCACCUCUGACCCACAUGGAUGUGGAUCUAACAGUAGGACCCACCCCCCCACGCACACCUGUUUCUAUAAAGCAGUUUUGUACCAGCCAACCAGUCAGCUGCCUUGGAGUCUUUAAUGUCCCAUCCUCCAUC